UCCAAAUUCUGAAGAUAAGAGUAAGUGGUUGUUGGAGCUGGCAGAGUCUAAUCACACGCAGUGACUCCAUUCCUCCAAAAUGGAGUGUUUGAAAUCCCCCUUCCUCUUCUCCACUUCACUUCUCCCUCCAUCUUCUCAUCAACCCUACUCCAUUACGCCAAACAUAAAGAACAAGAAGAAUAAGAAACCUCGAGUUCCCAUCUUCAUUCGCUGCACCAUCCAGCGCGACCCGUGGUCCCCGACUUCCGGCGACCCCACCCGACCCAAGCCUCGGAGUCGGAACCCGAAGAAGCCGCUGUCCGACGACAACGCGAGGCGCAUCAUAAAGGGAAAGGCGGCGUACCAGAGCAUCCUGCGGCGGAACCAGGGCCCGCAGGCUCAGACCCCGAGGUGGAUUAAGAGGACCCCCGAGCAGAUGGUGCGGUACCUGCAGGAUGACCGCAACGGCCAAUUGUACGGCAGACACGUCCUCGCCGCGGUUAAGAAAGUGCGCUCUCUCUCUCAGAGAGUCGACGGCGACUACGACAUGAGGAUGGUGAUGGCUUCGUUUGUGGGCAAGCUCAGCUUCAAGGAGAUGUGCGUUGUGCUCAAGGAGCAGAAGGGGUGGAGGCAAGUCAGAGACUUCUUUGCUUGGAUGAAAUUGCAGCUGAGCUACCGUCCAAGUGUAAUUGUCUACACAAUAGUUUUGCGCCUAUAUGGGCAAGUUGGAAAGCUGAAACUGGCUGAGGAGAUCUUCUUGGAGAUGCUUGAUGUAGGUUGUGAGCCAGAUGAAGUUGCUUGUGGUACCAUGCUUUGUUCGUAUGCCAGAUGGGGACGUCAUAAGGCUAUGCUGUCUUUUUAUUCUGCUAUAAAAGAAAGGGGAAUAAUUCUUUCUGUUGCUGUCUUCAACUUUAUGAUGUCUUCUUUGCAAAAGAAAUCACUCCAUAGAGAGGUUGUACAUGUGUGGAAGGAUAUGCUAGGAAAAGGGGUGAUACCUAAUAAUUUUACUUAUACAGUGGCCAUCAGCUCAUUCGUCAAAGAAGGGCUGCACGAAGAUGCUUUCAAGACUUUUGAUGAGAUGAGGAAUUAUGGAGUUGUUCCUGAGGAGUUAACUUAUAGUCUGCUUAUAAAUUUAAAUGCUAAAAGUGGCAACAGAGAUGAAGUGCAAAGACUGUAUGAGGACAUGAGGUUUCGAGGAAUAAUUCCCAGUAAUUACACUUGUGCUUCUCUUCUAUCUUUGUAUUACAAAUAUGAGGAUUACCCUAGAGCCCUCUCCCUUUUUUCAGAAAUGGUACGCAAUAAAAUUUCCACUGAUGAAGUCAUAUAUGGUUUGCUUAUAAGAAUUUAUGGAAAGCUUGGUUUAUACGAGGAUGCUCACAAAACAUUUGAAGAGACAAAGAACCGAGGGCAGCUCACCAGUGAGAAAACAUAUUUGGCAAUGGCACAAGUCCAUCUUACUUCAGGAAAUGUAGACAAGGCCUUGGAAGUUAUUGAACUCAUGAAGUCUAGCAAUCUAUGGUUCUCUCGAUUUGCUUAUAUUGUGCUGCUGCAGUGUUAUGUGAUGAAAGAAGAUGUAGCAUCUGCUGAAGGAACAUUUCUAGCUCUCUCCAAGACAGGACCACCUGAUGCUGGCUCCUGUAAUGAUAUGCUCAGUCUGUACAUGGGACUUAAUUUGACGAAUAAGGCCAAGGAGUUCAUUGUCCAAAUAAGGGAGAAUGAGACAAAUUUUGACAAGGAGCUUUAUAGAACAGUUAUGAAGGUUUAUUGUAAGGAGGGAAUGCUGCCAGAAGCUGAGCAGUUGACAAAUCAGAUGGUUAAGACUGAAUAUUUUAAAAAUGACAAAUUCUUCAUGACAUUUUAUUGGAUUCUUUGUGAACAUAAGGGGGAUAUGGAAUCUGAUGAUGAACUUGUGGCCAUUGAGCCCAUUGACAAAUUUAACGCUACAGCUCUUGGGCUGAUGCUCAGUUUAUAUCUGGCAAAUGGCAACUUCAACAAGACAAAAAUAUUACUGAAACUGUUGUUGGGUUAUGCUGCUGGGGGAUCAAAAAUUGUUAGUCAGCUCAUCAUCAACUUGUCUAAAGAAGGAGAAAUCAGUAAAGCAGAAUUGCUUAACCAUCAAUUAACUAAGCUUGGCUGCAGAAUGGAUGAAGCCACUGUAGCUUCUCUAAUUAGCCAUUAUGGCAAACAACAAAUGCUGAAACAAGCUGAAGAUAUUUUUGCAGAAUAUAUAAAUUCUCCCACAUCUAGUAAAGUGCUUUAUAACUCUAUGAUCAAUGCAUAUGCCAAAUGUGGUAAACAAGAGAAAGCAUAUUUAUUAUACAAGCAAGCAACAGGGGAAGGACGUGAUUUGGGUGCUGUUGGAAUUAGCAUCGCUGUAAAUUCUUUGACCAAUGGAGGAAAACAUCAGGAGGCAGAGAAUAUUGUCCAAAGGAGUCUUGAAGAAAACUUGGAGCUUGACACUGUGGCUUACAAUACCUUUAUCAAAGCCAUGCUUGAAGCAGGCAAAUUGCAUUUUGCAUCCAGCAUUUUUGAGCACAUGAUUUCCUCCGGUGUUGCUCCAUCAAUUGAAACAUUCAACACAAUGAUAAGUGUCUAUGGACAAGACCAAAAGUUGGAUAGAGCAGUUGAGAUGUUCAACCAAGCUAGCUCAUGCAGUGUCCCUUUGGAUGAAAAAACAUACAUGAAUUUGAUUGGCUAUUAUGGGAAAGCUGGUUUGAUGCUUGAAGCAUCACAGCUGUUCAGUAAAAUGCAGGAAGGAGGUAUAAAACCCGGAAAGGUCAGUUAUAAUAUCAUGAUCAAUGUAUAUGCUAAUGCUGGAGUUCUUCAUGAAACGGAGAAACUUUUCCAUACCAUGCAGAGGCAAGGUUAUUUGCCUGAUUCUUUCACGUAUCUUUCCCUUGUCCAAGCAUAUACGAGGAGCCUGAAUUAUUCUAAAGCCGAGGAAACCAUACAUGCUAUGCAAAGCAAAGGCAUUCCACCAUCUUGUGUCCAUUUUAAUAUUUUACUCCACGCUUUCAUAAAAGCUGGAUUGAUUCAUGAAGCCAAGAGGGUUUAUGAGGAUCUAUCAACUUUUGGUUUAGUUCCUGAUCUUGUAUGUCAUCGAACAAUGCUGAAUGGUUACCUGAAAUGUGGAUAUGUGGAAGAAGGAAUCAACUUUUUUGAAAGUAUAUGUGAAUCAACAAAAAGUGACAGGUUCAUUAUGAGUGCAGCUGUGCAUUUUUACAAAUCUGCUGGAAAGGGAAGGCAAGCUAAAGACAUAUUAAAUUUAAUGAACAACAUGGGGAUCCCAUUCCUCAAGAAACUUGAAGUUGGAUCAGGAGAGAGAGUGAAAACUCCAUGAGAUAUGACCUUCUUCAGAAAUACUUGGGUACUUAAAAGGCAUUAUGAUAAUGGACAAAAAAAUGGUAUAGAACAUAUAAGUCUGAUCAACCCGGUAAUGACAAUGGUGGAUAUUGCAUGUAUGUUUACUGGCAAUGAUGAUUGGACUCUUAGUUCAGAAGGACUUUUGCUGGUUAUAAGGUGGACCUGAUCCACGUUUGAUGCAAUGCAGCCUUUCGCCUUUUGACUGCUUUUAACUUCUUCUCCAACCUUCCUUUAAAACAUGUAACUCUUGUCAGAUGAACUUGAAGAUAUUAUAUACUUUAAGCACAAAGACUUCCCAAGCAUUGUAUAUUCCUUCAGGUAAACCUUUGCUAUAACUGAUGAGUUGACAGUCCUCAAAGCUCAACGGUGUAAGGUAGCCACUACUCUGGCUUUCAAAAUUUCAGCGGCAGAGAAUUUUAUGGAUGAAGCUCAACAGAAGGAAGCAAUUUUGAAUGAACAUGUUAUCAGGUUGAAGAAAGAAAUAAAAGAUUGUGAGUCUGACUUGCCAUCUCUUCAAGAUGAUAAGAAGAAAUGCAUUGCAGAAACUAUAGGGUACAAAAAAAUGUGAGGAAAGACAAAUCUCAAAUGGUGGAAGAUGAUAGAUAAGUUCGGCAAGAAUUUCAGCACAACCGCAUCGUUGCUAGAAAUUCCUCAACUUGUUUAUUUUUUCUUCAAACAGCCAAAUUUAUUAUGUUUCGGAGGCUACUGUAUGAUAAGUUUACUCAAAUAUUACGUAGAUUAACACUUAAAAUGGAAGACUUGAAACUACUAUACUGUUGAGUCUUUUAUUGUUGUUAAUGUAUGCUUCAAAAAUUUCUCGCA